GUGGCGACGGUGACAGUGACGACGGUGACAGUGACGACGGUGACAGUGACGACGGUGACAGUGACGACGGUGACAGUGAAAAUGGUGACAGUGACGACGAUGACAAUGACGACGGUGACAGUGACGACGGUGACAGUGACGACGGUGAUAGUGACAGUGACGACAGUGACAGUGACGACGGUGACAGUGACGACGGUGACAGUGACGACGGUGACAGUGACGACGGUGACAGUGACGACGGUGACAGUGACGACGGUGACAGUGACGACGGUGACAGUGACGACGGUGACAGUGACGAUGGUGACAGUGACGACGGUGACAGUGACGACGAUAACAGUGACGACGGUGACAGUGACGACGGUGAUUGUGACAGUGACGACAGUGACAGUGACGAUGGUGACAGUGACGACGGUGACAGUGAUGACGGUGACAGUGACGACGUUGUCAGUGACGACGAUAACAGUGACGACGGAUAA